AUGGAAAACGAAGAAAGGUCACAACCAGAAGCUCAGUACCAAAGAGAACUUGAAGGAGUUCGAAAUGAUGUGGCACACCUAACCAGUAUGUUAGAGCAAAUGUUAAGAGCCAGAGAUGGAGAGGGAACGUCUACUCAACCUGAUGAAGCACCAGCAGCAGCUCAAAUUCCUGUCGCACCUAUAAACGUGGGGGCAAAUACACCAAAUAAGCAGCAUCCUAAUCCCACUCGGCCCAUCCAAAUCCCUAUUACAAUGGAUUUAACAAAUGAGGACCCACAUGAUGUCAAACUCUCUAAUCAUGAAGGGUAUGAUAAGUGGACUGCACUAGAAGAGAGGCUAAGGGCAGUUGAAGGAAAUGAUUUAUUUGACCCAGUUAGGGCUGCUGAAGUAUGUUUGGUGCCUAACAUUGUUAUUCCAAAGAAGUUUAGAGUGCCAGAGUUUGUUAAGUAUACCGGGAUGGAAUGCCCAAAGACCCAUCUUCGUUCCUACUAUAACAAAAUGGCAGAAGUUAUCCACGAUGAUAAAAUGUUAAUUUACUUCUUCCAGGAUAGCCUGACAGGAUCGGCCCUUAGUUGGUAUAUGAGGCUGGACAAUAUUAGGAUCAAGAAGUGGACAGACUUGGCAGAUGCUUUCUUAAAGCAAUACAAGUUUAAUCUUGAGAUUGCUCCUGAUAGGACCAGUCUAAUUACCAUGGAGAAAGGAAAUCAAGAGUCCGUAAGGGUUUAUGCUCAAAGGUGGCGUGACCAAGCUAUCAAUGUACAACCUCCACUAAUAGAGACGGAGAUGGUGACACUGUUUGCUAAUACUUUUAGGGCUCCAUACUAUGAACACCUUAUGGGUAGUUCAGCACAACAUUUCUAUGAUGUUGUUCGGAUUGCUGAGAGGAUUGAACAAGGAAUCCGAAGUGGGAGAAUUGCAGAACCUAUAGAGAAGAGAGGUUUCAUUGGAAAAAAGAAAGAAAAUGAGGUGCAUAACCUAGAAGGCGGAUACAAAGGGAGAAUAAAAAACUACCAAACACCUACCACCCAAGUCACCAGUAUCAAUUUUGCCAAACCCUCCAUCCCAAACCAACCCCAUCAAACAAAAUUCCCAGCAAAUAACCAAAGCAAUUACCAAAGAAGAGACAACCGACCAUCGGAAGAACAAUUACCACCUUUACCAAUAACCUUAAAAGAGUUGUAUGCCAAGCUGUUGAGUAUUGGGCAGAUAGCUCCCCUACCCAUACCACCUAUGCAACCACCUUUCCCUACCUGGUACAACCCCGAGGUGACUUGUGAAUACCAUGCUGGUCACGCAGGUCAUAGCAUUGAGGCUUGCUUUGCUUUUAAAAGAAAGGUGUUGCAACUGAUCAAAGUUGGAUGGGUCACUUUCGAGGAUUCACCUAAUGUGAAUUCAAACCCUCUACCCAAACAUGCUGUAGGUGGUAGUGGAGUGAAUACUUUGGAGGUCGGUAGCAAAGAGAAGGUGCUAAAAGUGACCAUGGCGAGGCUGUACGAGAUGUUGGUACAAUCUGGACAUAUAGAGAAACCAUCUGAACAUUACGUGAGGGAAAAUGAUUUUUGCCCAUUCCAUAAAAAGAAAGGGCAUCACAUUGAUGAAUGCAUUGAGUUUCAUCAAAAGGUUGCGAGAAUGCUGACUUUAGGAGAACUAAGGAUUGAGGCUGCAAGAGAUAAUGAAGAGAUCGAGAUGAUAGAAAAUCAGGGGAAAUGUAGAGUCCAAUCAACAGCUAAUGGGCUCUCAAAAUUGGUAUUAACUAAACCCUCAUAUGCAAACAAAGUAGACUAUGGAGUGAUGCCUGGAGAUUAUGGUUAUACCUCGAAUAUUGAAACUCCUUUACCGCUGUUCCGAACUGAGAUAAGUGGACUAACUCGGAGUGGUCGUUGUUUCACACCUGAAGAACUAGAGAAACAAAGAAAGGCUAAGGGCAAGGAGGUGUUGGACCUCGAUAAAGAGUUUGAGGUGAAUAAACCUGUGACUGAGGAAGAAACAAACGAGUUCUUGAAAUUGAUGAAGCAUAGUGAGUAUUGUAUAGUGGAUCAGUUGAAGAAGACCCCUGCCAAGAUCUCCAUCAUGUCAUUAAUACUCAGUUCCGAGCCGCAUCGUAAUGCUUUGCAAAAAGUACUGAAUGAGGCCUACGUACCCCAAGAUAUUGAACAAAAGACUAUGGAGCAUCUAGUAGGGAGGAUCCAUGCUGCCAAUUACUUAUAUUUCACGGAAGAUGAACUUGACGCUGAAGGAACUGGACAUAACAAGCCCUUAUAUGUCACGGUCCGAUGCAAAGAUUGUCUCAUUGGUAAAGUUCUCAUCGAUAACGGCUCAGCCCUUAAUGUGUUACCAAGGCAUAUGCUGGAUGAAAUGCCAGUGGAUCCCUCACACAUGCAACCCAGUGUGAUGACGGCUAGAGCGUACGAUGGCUCACCGAGGCAAGUGAUAGGGACAAUUGAGGUCGAACUAGCUGUGGGUCCACAAGUCUUUCUAGUAACCCUUCAAGUGAUGGAUAUCCACCCUUCCUAUAGUAUGUUGUUAGGAAGGCCAUGGAUACAUUCUGCAGGAGCUGUCACCUCCUCGUUGCAUCAAUGUUUGAAGUACAUUGCCAAUGGCGUUCUGGUUACUGUUAAGGCUGAGGAGACUAUAUCAAUGGUAAGAAAUGUGGCGGUUCCAUUCAUUGAAGCUGAAGAUUGUAAGGAUGGAAACCUUCAUGCAUUUGAAGUUGUGAAUACCGAGUGGGUACCCGAGAACACUGUGGUGAGGAAACCAGAACUCUCAGAGGCCACCAAAAUGAGGUUUGGGCUUGGAUAUAAGCCCAAGAAAGAGGAUUACAAGCGAGUUGCUGGUGCAAGAAGGGAGACAAGAAUGGCUAGGAUUGAAGGAAGGAAGCCUGAAGAAGAAAGCCUAGUCAUCCCUCCAAUCAGGAUUUCUUUUCCAAAGGCCGCAUAUGUGAUGCAACCUGAUAAGGGACACGGAAACCUCUUUCAGAAGUUUUUUUCAAUGAACAUAAACACUCUGGAGGAAGACCAAGUCAAGAACAUUGCUGAGAAAAUUGAAUCUGGAAGAAAGGAUGAAGAGCUGCCACAAUUAACGAUCCGCCCUCGGGAAGAAGUCACCGACAUGACUUUCAUUCGAAAGCUAGCCGAAGGAGAGAAGUUCCAGAAUUGGGAGACCCAAGAAGCUCCAUUGGUUUUCAAAAUGAACCCUGAAAGCGGAUCCUCCACAACAACACCUGCACUUUACAUUGAGAAUGAAUGGCCAAACUUUAAAGAACACAUAGUAGCUGUAGAAGAUGAGGAAUGGGGGGAGAAAAACAUAGGGGAAUUCACGAAGUUAAUAGAACAGCAUGAACAGGCUUGGAGGCCCGCUAAAGAGGAACUUGAAACCAUAAAUGUGGGUAAUGAAGAAAUCAAGAGAGAGCUGAAAAUAGGGACUUUGAUCACCCCUGAAGAAAAGGAAGAAUUGAUUGCACUGCUCCGAGUUUACGUAGAUAUCUUUGCGUGGUCCUACGAGGAUAUGCCUGGUUUGGAUACGGAUAUCGUAGUACAUAGGAUACCACUGGUGGAAGGAUGUAAACCGAUUAAGCAGAAGUUGAGGAGAACUCAUCCGGAGGUCUUAAUCAAAGUAAAAGCAGAAAUUGAAAAACAAUGGAACGCUGGUUUUUUGGAGGUAGUCAAGUAUCCGCAAUGGGUGUCAAACAUAGUGGUGGUACCCAAAAAGGAAGGUAAAAUCAGAGUUUGUGUGGACUUUAGGGACGUAAACCGGGCUAGCCCUAAAGAUAAUUUCCCUCUACCACACAUAGAUAUGUUAGUUGAUAAUGCAGCACGCAGCUCCACAUAUUCCUUUAUGGAUGGAUUUUCGGGCUACAAUCAGAUAAAAAUGGCGCAAGAGGAUAAAGAGAAGACAACCUUUAUAACACCAUGGGGAACAUUUUGCUACAAAGUCAUGCCAUUUGGUUUAAAGAAUGCUGGGGCCACCUACCAAAGGGCUAUGGUGACUUUGUUUCAUGACAUGAUGCACAAAGAGAUUGAAGUAUAUGUCGAUGACAUGAUUGCUAAAUCUAGAGAGGGAGAGAAUCAUGUCCAAAUAUUGAAGAAAUUGUUUGAAAGACUAAGGAAAUAUAAGUUGAGACUUAAUCCGGCGAAGUGUUCGUUCGGGGUGAAAUCUGGGAAGUUGUUAGGAUUUGUGGUGAGUGACAAAGGGAUAGAAGUGGAUCCCGACAAAGUAAAGGCUAUUCAAUCUAUGCCACCUCCCAAGACUGAGAAGGAUGUGAGAGGUUUCUUAGGAAGGUUGAAUUACAUUGCUCGGUUUAUAUCCCAAUUAACCACGACUUGUGACCCGAUCUUUCGUUUGUUAAGAAAGAAGAACCCUGGAAUUUGGAAUAAAGAGUGCGAAGAGGCUUUUGAGAAAAUCAAGCAGUACUUGUUGAAUCCACCCCUGCUUGUUCCUCCUGUACCAGAAAGGCCAUUGAUAUUGUACCUAACAGUAACAGAAACAGCAAUGGGAUGUGUGCUUGGGCAACACGAUAAAACCAGAAGGAAGGAAAGGGCCAUUUAUUACUUAAGCAAGAAGUUCACGGAAUGUGAGUCUAGGUAUACUGUGAUUGAGAAGCUGUGUUGCGCACUGUCAUGGGCUGCAAAGAGAUUACGUCAGUAUAUGUUGUAUCACACUACGUGGUUAAUUUCCAAAUUAGACCCGUUGAGGUACAUUUGUGAAAAGCCCUACUUAUCAAGCCGAAUUGCAAGAUGGCAAGUUCUAUUGGCUGAGUAUGACAUAGUAUAUAUGACAAGGAAAGCUGUAAAAGGGAGUAUUAUUGCCGAUCACCUGGCUGACCAUGCUAUGGAAGAUUAUGAAUCAUUAGACUUUGAAUUUCCCGAUGAAGAUGUGCUUUCAAUCGAGGAAGAGAAAUCAAAUUGGUGGAUUAUGUACUUUGAUGGUGCUGUAAAUGUAUGUGGUAACGGAGCGGGUGCGGUGAUAAUCUCUCCUGAUAAGAAGCAGUAUCCGGUUUCAGUUAAGCUACAGUUCGGGUGCACCAACAACACGGCUGAGUAUGAAGCUUGCAUUCUCGGUUUAGAGGCUGCAUUGGAGCUAAACAUCAGAAAGAUAGAUGUGUAUGGAGACUCAAUGUUGAUCAUUUGCCAAGUAAAAGGAGAAUGGCAAACCAAGGAAGAGAAGUUAAGGCCUUACCAAGAAUAUUUGUCUAAACUGGCUGGAGAAUUUGAGGAAAUAGAGUUCACCCAUCUAGGAAGGGAAGGAAACCAGUUUGCAGAUGCUUUGGCUACACUAGCAUCUAUGGCCAAAAUAGACUUUGGGCACAAGGUACAACCAGUACACAUCAAUAUCAGAAAUAACCCAGCUCAUUGUUGCUCAGUCGAAAGAGAAGUGGAUGGAAACCCUUGGUACUAUGAUGUCAAGAAUUUCAUCCAAAACCAGACAUAUCCCAUGGGGGCAUCCAAAAUCGACAAGAAGACCUUGAGGAGGUUGGCAAUGGAUUUUUAUCUUGAUGGGGAGAUUUUGUAUAAGAAAUCAUUCGACGGGACUUUGUUGAGAUGUUUGGAUGAAUUUGAGGCAAAAAGCGCGUUGCGAGAAGUCCAUGAAGGGAUUUGCUCAACCCAUGCUAAUGGACAUGUGAUGGCUAGGAAGAUACAAAGAGCCGGCUACUUCUGGAUGACAUUAGAAAAGGAUUGCAUCGACUAUGUCCGAAAAUGUCAUAAGUGCCAAGUAUACAGUGACAAAAUCAACGCCCCUCCAACUCCUCUAUUUAACUUGACAUCUCCAUGGCCCUUCGCGAUGUGGGGAAUUGAUGUGAUUGGACCUGUAAACCCAAAAGCCAGCAAUGGUCAUAGGUUUAUUCUCGUGGCUAUCGACUACUUUACAAAAUGGGUAGAAGCCGGAUCAUUUGCUCAUGUGACGCAAAAAGUAGUGAAGAAAUUUAUUGAGAGAGAUUUGAUUUGUCGAUAUGGUCCACCAGAAAAGAUUAUCACUGAUAAUGCCCAGAAUUUCAAUGGCAAGAUGAUAAUAGAACUUUGCGCUAAAUGGAAAAUCAAGCAUUCCAACUCUUCGCCGUAUAGACCAAAGAUGAAUGGUGCGGUAGAAGCUGCUAACAAGAAUGUCAAAAAGAUUAUUCAGAAGAUGGUAGUCACCUAUAAGGAUUGGCAUGAGAUGUUGCCAUUUGCCCUUCAUGCGUAUCGCACUGCAGUCCGAACCUCAACAGGAGCCACCCCGUACACGUUGGUAUAUGGAAUGGAGGCGGUUAUGCCUUUAGAAGUGGAAAUCCCCUCAUUGAGAGUACUGGUAGACUCUGGGCUGGAAGAGGUAGAAUGGGUAAAAGUUAGAUAUGAACAGCUGAAUCUGAUCAGUGAAAAGAGGAUAGCCGCAAUCUGUCAUCAUCAACUUUACCAAAGAAGGAUGGCCAAAUCAUACGACAAAAAGGUUCGACCUCGAGGAUUCCACGAAGGAGAUCUUGUACUGAAGAAAAUAUUGCCGUUACCAGGAGAAGAUCAGAGUAAAUGGGCGCCGAACUAUGAGGGCCCUUACGUGGUGAAGAAAGCAUUCUCGGGAGGAGCUUUGCUGUUGUCUAGAAUGGACGGAGAAGAUCUAGUUAGGCCAGUGAAUUCUGACUCUGUAAGGAAAUAUUACGCUUGA